CUCAAUCACACCCUAUGUCAUUUCCUGUGCCAUUUCUCUCUCUGAAGGAGCUCUUCUGGUUAUCGUGUGUCCUGGUCUCGACCUACGCUUUUCUAAGAGGUCGAUCUUCACGAACAAGUAUCCCGCACCCUCCAGGACCCAGAGGCAUCCCGUUCAUCGGAAGUCUUUUGAGCGUGCACCCUACUCGGCCAUACACAACAUUUGCGAAAUGGAAGGCACAGUACGGUGACCUCGUCUAUUGCACCCUUGCCGGCCAACCUGUCCUCGUAAUCAACUCUGAGCGAGUUGCUCGAGAUUUAAUGGACAAGCGCUCUCACAUUUACUCCGACCGUCCUCAAGUGUCUCAUGACAUAUACCUUGGCAUCACUUCAAAGACAACACAGCUACCAUACGGCGCGCAGUGGAGGAUGCAUUCUAAACUCAUACAGAAGGUGCUUAAGAGGGAUGCAGCACAAGCACACUGCGAUACGCACUUGCGGCUUGCCAUAGCGCUACUCUCUGACCUGUAUACGGAUCCUUCUAGCUUUGAAGAACACUUUCACAAGCUUACAGCGUCGAAUAUUCUGCGCAUUACUUAUGGUUACGACAUGACUUCCCACAACGACCCGUUUUGUACGCCGAUGGUAGAGUUGGUGGAGAGAUUGAAAGCUGGCAUGGCCACGGUUCGGAUGUUGACGCUUUCUGCGUUUCCCAUCCUCCAAAAAAUCCCUCCAUGGAUUCCGGGCGCUUCUUGGCAAUGGAACGCUCACCGACUUCGAGGGUUGACAGUCCAGUGCGGAGACGAGCCAUUCGACUGGGUGCAGGAGCAGAUCGAUCAAGGGAAGACACCCCCGCACUCAAUGGUUUCUGAUCUCCUCCAGGAUGACGACGUCUCUGCCGAUCACAUGACCUACAUGAAAGCCAUAAAGGACGCCGCCGGUACCAUGUUCAUAGCGGGAUUCGAGACGACGUACACCACUCUGCUAGCAUUCUUUCUUACCAUGGUUCUUCAUCCUGAUGUGCAGAGGAGAGCCCAAGAAGAGAUUGACAGGUGUAUUGGUCAAGGCAGUUUGCCCGUGUUCAAGAACAGGGACGAACUACCGUAUGUCGAAGCUGUUCUCCGAGAGGUGAUGCGGAUGUACGUUAUGCUUCCGCUAGGGUUGCCUCAUUCUACGUCAUCAGAAGACGUAUAUGAUGGGUUCUUCAUCCCAAAAGGAACAAUUGUCCUACCGAACGCGUGGCUGAUGGUACGAGAAGAUUCACGGUGGACUAGCACAGACGUGUUCGAUCCAUCGAGACAUCUCACAGCUUCAGGAGACCUUGCUUUUACCUCAACGACAGAAAUCUCGGGAAGCGCCGCAUUCGGCUUUGGACGGCGCAAGUGUCCGGGGCGCUUUAUGGCGGAGAACACACUCUGGAUUACCAUAGCAUCCAUUCUGGCGGCUUUCACAAUUUCUCCGGCGAAGGGAAGCGAGACAAGAAGAUCAGUAGAAAUGAAGGAUGGGUUUGCGCGCACUCCCGUUGCGUUCCCUUGCAACAUCAAACCAAGAAUGGGUUAUGAGGAGUUAUUAGGAAGGCUGUAAUUGAACAACACCACUUCUCGCCGGCCAUGUGGUGCAUAGGCCGCCACAUGCUUUGCAUAUCGAAUGUUUAUAUAUCGU